GCACGGAUUUCAAAAUGGCGGAUCUUCCGAUAACAAUUUUACUUCAAAAUAUUUCAUGAUUCUGAUGGGAUGAGAAAGGUAUGACAAAAUGAGUGGGUUUAAAUACAACCGAACGACAUUGAAAUCAAGGACUGUCACAUUAUUUAUUGCUUUUUCCUUAUUCUCUCAGGGUGGUGAUACUUUCCCUGGAGCGGGAUUUGGUCGUAGAUCAACCGUUGGACGAAAUGGUAAAAUUAUCAAUAGUUACUUGAGACGUAGUUGAUUUUAAAAGUAGGAACAGGUGCUCUAAGCAUGGCUGGAAGUUAAGGUGUACACCACGGAAGUCAAAGAAUGUCUUUAACCAGUUUAAUUCCACUGUGCAAUUUAUUAAAUUUUCCAGCUGCAUGCUAUUUAACGCAGUCAUCAGCUGUGAAUUAUUUUUAGCGUGAUAAUCAGUGAAGAGAACUUUCACCACUGUUGGGACUGUGUGAGCUACUUCUAGCUAUAGUUUGUAUUAUGGCAAUACGGAUAGAUGUAUAGGCAUAUCAUCUCUCUCUGUCUAGCUCUGAUAAGGGGCGAGCGUACCAAUUCACCUAAACAACCGCAUGUUUUUAGACCUCAUCUUCAGCUUGGUCUUAUUAUCUUAUAGAACAUCUUGCCCACUAUUUUCUAUUAUGAAUCACUUGUGUCAAUAAGUUUAAUGACAGGCAUAUUCUUUAUCAUUUAAAAUUUAUUACAGCCUCAAACAGAGCAUCUCUGGAUCAGGAUUUAGACUCCAUUUUGAGUGGUGGCAAUGAUGGUAAACACUGCAUUGUUUCUUACAUUUGAACUAUUUCUUGCAGCUCUGAAAAAAACUUCUUCCUUCCUUUAGCUUUCCGUUUGUGUCAGUCAAGAGUUUUUAGUCUAGAUCUGCAGUUUAGUUGAUUCACUACAUGUUAAUUUUAUUUCCCUGGCUUUGAAAGGAAAAUAGAAUUUGAGCCAAGGUUAGAAUUCUACAAGCUCACUUUUUUUUCCCAAAAAUGUUGUGACAAGUAGAUAAAGCUAGCAAAAUUUUUCUCCCAAGUUCAUUCCCAGAUGUACCAAAUAUAAGCCAGACCUUGUUCUUAAAGUAGCCAUUGACAGGGCUGUCAAUAAGGGCCAAUAGCCAGCCAAAACCGCUGGCUAAAUAGCCAUCCUUAGCCGGCUACUUUCAUCUCCUUCUACCAUAACUGUUAACAAAAAAUAAGCACCAUCGAAUAACAUUGUCAAGUAACCAUUUCCCAGUUUUGAAUGACAUUGAACGCAUAUUUAAACAGGUUUAGAUCUGUGAAACGUUCGAACUGUGCCUUGCUGAGGAACACCUGGGACAUUUUGACGCAUUGCUCCCAGUCUUGCGUGUAUUCCGACGAAAAAAUAUGGCGUCUGCGAUGGGAAAUACCUCUUGAAAAUCCCUGAAAAUGUGAUUUCCAAGAAUCUAAAUUUCAAAAUGUCCCUAGAUGCCUCAGCCCUAAGAAACUUGUGCCUUUUGUGUGUGUUUCAAAGCUGCCUACUAUUCGUUAUUAGCCUGCUACUUAAAAACUGUUUGACAGCCCUGCCUCAUAGUUUUGAUAAUAUAAGAAUGGAAAAUCAAACCGUUUCCUGUUUUGUUCCAGAAGUCUUCUUUCUUUCUUUCUUUCUUUCUUUCUUUCUUUUCUUACUGGUUUCUAAUGUUUGUGUGUAUAUUUUGUCGUUUGUGACAUUUUUGAUGCAGGUUUCCAGCAAGAAUCCAAAGGGAAGGGUUCCGUAGGUAGUCACACUACAAGAUCUGUAAGUUUGUGUCAAGUUCUCUUUGAGAUUAGAAGAGUACACAAUAUUUACUUAUUUAGAAUUGUCGUUGUGCGAUACUGUAGUACCAUUCAGUAUUUCUGAUAGAAUUUAGUAAGCAUAGUAUUUUCUUGUUUCUUUUUGCCUCUAGGCUCCAGGCAAAAAAGGGUCCUUAACCUCAAAGUAUGUAAUAUUUAAAUUAAUACAUAUUAAGUGUCACUAAUUGUUUUUGUAAUACAGUGUAUAAGUUAGGACAAAAGUGCUUUCGGCAACCAGGGAUGGUGGUGGUGGUAGUUAGUUUCUGUUCACAUUAUUUAUUGCUUCUUCUGCUGGAAGAAGUAUUAAUGAUCAUAGCCUGUUCCAAGCGUUCAGAUAGUGGAGAGCGGUGCGGAGUAAAGAAAGCGAUGAAAAAUAGAGGGGGACUGGGGAGAGAGGUGCGGGCACGCUUGUAAGAAUUUUUAACAAAAGUGCGUUCCGGUAUACCAGAUCCUGGUAUACCCUCUGAUUGGUUGAUUUUGACAGUUUUUGUAAACAGUGGAGCGUCUUCGAUCACAGCGAGAAAUGCGAUAUGGCCGUUAUGACAGACUCUACGUGCCGUCACGCAGAAUUCAAACUCGCAACAGACACAGCGCUGAGUGACUUUCCAAACGUGGAGGCUAAAAGCGAAGAGCAAAGAAACUGUUUAAAACACGUCGUCGGUAGGAUAGAUGUCUUAGCAAUUUCUCACCGACUGGCUUUGGAAAAAUUCUUAUUUUCCAGCUUUUUCCUCGAAUAAAGCCUGCGUUGGAAUGAAGGCAGGAGAGAAUGCCAUUUACGAUUGUUGUGGUAACUCCGUUGAUUGCCAUCAUGGAAGACCAAGUGGAAUAUUUGAACAAAAUCGGAGUAGCGGCGGCAAUGAUGGGAGAAGAUGUGAAUGAAGCCGUUAAUAGUGGAAGCUGUGAAAUUGUUUACUGAAGUGCCAAAUCGUGGUUGUCUAAUGAAUGGACAAAAGGACUUCAAAAAGGAAAGCUUGGAAAGCAAGUUGCAACUAUCGCUAUUGACGAGGUCGACUCAAUCACCGAAUAGUAAAUUUUCCCUUCAACUGUUGUGCAUUUUCAUUGCUUGAGUUAACGACCUGUAUUGAAACGGCUUUCUAACGAAAUGAGCGAUAUUUGUUUGUCACUUGAUUCAUAAUUUUUUGUCACGUAAACGCUGAAAUCAUGUUUUAAAGCCGUAAAUAAAUUCAUUAUACAUGAAUACUUCUCCCGCCUUCUAUUGUCUGAAAGUCUUACAUUCCAUGGGUUUUUAGUAAGAUUAUGUAUACAUAAUAUUAAUUUUUGAUCUGACAAACUUCGACUUAUUCGCAAGAAAAAUAAUAAAUGCAUCGGGCUGUAACACCAGUCUUGAUUGACAAGUGAAGACCACCUACAGCUGAUGCGGUCUGACUGGGCGGAAGAGUCUAUUUAAAACAAAUCUAACAGGCGUUCCCUCUCUCACCUCUCCUCCUCCCUCGCUUUUAUUUUUUCGCGCUCCUUUUUACUUCGCACCGCUCCCCACUAUCUGAACGCCUGGAACAGGCUAUAAUGAUCAUAAUAAUAAUAAUAAUAACAGUGAUAAUAAUAAUAAUGAUAGUUAUCUUAUAUUUCCAUGGAGAAAUUUUGUAUAGAAACUUAUAGUCAAUGUUUUUUCUCUAAAUUAAAUGUGAACACCAUCUUGCUAAAGACAUUGUAAAGUUGACACUUAAAGUUACAAUAUUAUUAUAAAUAUGUUUCUGCAUUAUAAUUUUUUUUUCAAUAGUUUUUGGUGUGGCUUCAGCCUUUAUGCUGUUAUAGAUAGAGAUUAUGCACCUUUUUAUUUCAGUGCAACAGAUGAAGAUUUUUACAGCAGUUUAGCACAGAUGGCUGGUGAAGAUUUUGAUGGUGAUGAUAAUGAUGAGGUAACUAAAAUGGGUGUCUGUCGAGUCCAUGCUUGUCUACAGGAAUGGCAUACCGGCUUUCAAGUGCCUAAGGGGAUUGGCUCCAGACUAUCUGGCUAAACAAAUUCAAAAUGAGGUCUGAAAUUCACGCCAGAGACACAUGAAACAAGAAUAAGAUUGACAUUCCAGGGUACAGAACAAAUGCGGCCAAAGGACCUUUCAUUGUCGGGCCAUUUCACUGUGCAACUCUUUACCCGAAAGGCUCACUGUUAAGUUAACAAAUAUUGUGACAUUCAAUCUAAGGAACUUAUGCAUUAUUUAAAAUUGUCUCAGUAAGCAGUCUAGAUUUUUUUAAGACAGGGGUUGCUCACUUUUUUCUUUGUAAUGGAGAGAAUAAUAGGCUAUGUUAUUCAUAUCUCAUGAACAUAUAGUUUUAUAGUUUUAUUUUUUAAUGUUUUGUACUUUAAUUUAUAGCCAAAUUCGUUGUAUCACGCUGCACGUUUUGCAAACUUCGAAAGAAUUUUGGGUUUUUCUGUUUCGUUAAUCAUCUUAGCAGACCUCUAAGGAAACACAUGUUUACUUGUAAUUGGUGCAUUUCAAUCCACUCUGUUUGUUUCUGUGUUUCAAGGUUUGUUGCUUGUGAUCGCCCUGUUUCGGGCAAUAAUUGAAUAGUUUUCUUCGAAGAUUUUUCUGAUCUUUCUUAUUCUUGUCUCUUGUAAGAAUAAAACAAUGUCUACCUCCUGCUCUCGACAAAAAUUCUACUCAUCAUUGCGAUUUCCUUCGCUAUUCUAGAGCCGUCUUGAGUCAUUCUAAGUUUGGUUUUUGCGGGCCAAGCUGGGUGAGUGCAUUGAAUUGUGAUUUGCAUUAACUCCUCCCCCACUCAAAUGAUUGACAGAACAGAAAAACCCAUUCGAAGUUAGGGUACAAGCAGUGCAAUACAACGAAUUUGGCUAUAAAUAUAUUUUUCUUCAUGAAAUUGAUGUAAUUACUUUCAAAAAACAGACUUGGAAAGUAUUCCAUACCCCUAGGAAACCUCUUGAGUAUUAAUGUUCAAGGAGUUUUGCACCAUGGGAUUUUCUGAUCAUCUCAGAAGCUCAACAUUAACAUGCUCCUAGAAAGGAGGAGAAAGGUGAAAGCUUUGGAAAAAAAAACAGGUUGUGAUAUCAAAAUUUUCAUGCUUGCUUGAAAUUAUACUACUGGUAACUAACUUUCAUUUGAUUGUUUAGUCAUUCUCAGAAGCAGAUGCAAAGAAAAUGGCAGACAGCCUUGCAGUAAGUAUUUGAAACAACAUUAACAUGAAGUUUUGUUUUUAUUUCAUUUAUAUUUUGUUAUACUGAAAUGUACUAAAAAUUUGCUAUUUCAUUGAUUUGCUUCAGGGUCUAGAUGAUAUGGAAUCUGACCUCUUUGGAGGAUCACUGGGAAAUAAAUCAACACCAAGCAAAUCUUCUAAACCCUCAAAGGCUGCAGCCCCAGAUUCCAAAGACAAGCGGAAGACUGAUAAAAAUCCACCAACUUCAGGUGACCCAGCUGUAAAGUCUACAAACAGCAGCAAGACACAACCAACUCCUUCCUCAUCAGCAAACGGUAAGAUUGAUGAACUGUGAAUUUCCUGUAAAUUAGAAUGGCCAAGUCUGUUAACAUUAAAAAAAAAUCUUGGAACUUGGGGUGGAGCCUCCCCGUAUAAAAUUUUGUUGAGUACCCCCAAGAGGUAACAUUAGUUGUUCUGGGUCCCAUGAAACCAGAGGUUAAUGGGAUUUAGUUUACCUCUUUGUAUCCUUACUGCCAGAUUUUGCAUAUAAUUCUAAUUUGUAGUUUUUAUUUACAACAGCCGCUGAAUCCUCAGAAAAAACAGACACAAAACGGGAUUCUGCUAUCACCAAGCCAAAGGAAGCAAAGAAACCAAGAAAAAAGUUUGAUUUUGGAGGUAUAUAUUUGGUGUGGAAAACAAUCUUUGAUGAGGAUUAUUUAUCAUCUAAAGUUGCCUUUUUUUUUAAAUAUUGGCAUGUUUCCUUUAGAGUUUGAUGAAGAUGAUCCUUUAGCUGGUCUCUUAUCUGAUGAAGAAGAUGAUCUUGCUUCAAAGCCAAAGCCUAAGAAGACCUCAACUCCAAAGAACACUCGUUCUUCUGGAAUCUCUAGUCAAGGUGUGCUGCUUGUCAUUCAUUAUUUUACAAUGUACAGUGAAUUUGAAAUGGUCCAAUAUACUGUUCAGCAUCUUGCAAGAUAAAAAAAAAUCUUACUCUAGUGUAGUAAGUGACACAGGCGGCGUAGAAGAAAAAAUCCAAGUAUUUUCAACAAGAGUUGAACCUAUGACCUACUGGUUACUUGUCUAGAUGAUCUACCACUAAGCUACAAGAGACUAAACUAGGCUCUUCUGACAUUGCACAUAAGCACAUUUUGACAUUCGAGAGUCUUAGCAGUGUGCAGGAUGUAUGACACAUGAACCUACAUGUAGUUUAGUGGCCUUAUCUCUUGAGUCUCUUGUAACACAACGGUAGAGUAUCUGGACUAAUACUCAGAAGGCCAUAGAUUCGAAUCCUGUUGGAAGUACUCGGAUUAUUUCUACUGAAGCGCCUGUUUUACUGACUGAAAAAACACCUUUCUCAUAGAUAUCUGUAAGUAAGAGUAACUUUUAACCUUGGUCCCUCUUUUUCUUGUCUUGUGAAUCAAACCGAGGGGCUCUCCUGGUAAGCCAAAAGGGUUUGCUCCUUGCUCUUUUUAGUAAUGUCAAAAUAGGUAAACAUGCAUACUUGUGAGUUAAUGUUACUUACUGAGGAAAAGAUUGACUGAUUGAUUGAUUGAACUUCUGCACAUCACUGUGCACAAAUGUAAGGGUGUACAAUUUGUGCACAAACUGGUUUGAUUCUGAGACCUUACUCCGAAGUUGAGACUGCUUUAGCAGAGCCCGCUGGCCCCUGGCGCCUAACUUUUGCUACCGGGCGACUAGGAAAUCUCAGAUUUUUCAUAGAAAUCAUAUGCUGGGCACCCUGGAUUUCACAGGUUCAGAGAACUGGGCUACCUCCUUUCAGUUUUUCUUAGAGCUCAGCUUUGUAAUCUAAUUUUAGGUUCCACUGAAGAAAGACCAAAGUCCUCAAGAGGCCGCCAACCUCCGACACAGGAGUCUGCAAAUUUACAAUCACCCCCUGUUACACCAGAGCAUCAACCAGCUGUCAGGGGGGAGAAAGCUGAAGAAGGAAGUACACUUUCUCCUCCCCGCUCACCAGAGGCUAAAACAAAUAGCAAGAGGGAAGAUCUAGAAUCUCCUAAGGGUACCCCUCAGAAAAGAGGAAAACAAACAUCUGGUAAGCUUUGUAGUGUCUAAACGUUUAGAAAAAUGGUCUUGUUUCAAUACAAAAGGAAAGAGUGUCAGAUUAUGCAUUUUUGUAAAUAACCUUAUGAAUCAGCACACUCAGGAAAGUACUUCUUAUACUAAAUGAAAGUAUCUUGGAUUUUUCUGUAUUUUUUGUUGUUGUUGCUUUUAGCACAGAAAGCGAAAUCAAGCAAAGAUGACAUCAAUUUUGAUUCGGAUGAAGAUCUGCCAGGCCUUGAUGAUUCCACAGAGAAAACACCAAGGGAUUCACCCUCGCCUCCCCCACGAAAGAAAUCAGAACGUGCCAGUAGACGAAAUAGCAAGGGUUCCGAUGAUAUUUUUGGUGGUGGAGAUGAUUUGCCCGAUACAGGUAUUGAAUUAUUGAAAUGGAGUAAUGCAAUACAAAAUUCGCCAACAUUUGACAAAUUGAACGUGAUGGAAGAACAGCGAAGAAGUUUGAAGUAGCGCAAUUUCACUGUUUGUGUGACGUUUUCGCUGCUGCCACCGGUAGUUUCGAAAACGAAGCACUCGAAAACGAAGACCGAAGCACGAAGCACCCAAAACUCGAAAACGAAGCACCCAAAUCUCGAAAACGAAGCACCCUAGAUCGAAAACGAAGCACCCAAAACUCGAAAACGAAGCACCCAAAACUCGAAAACGAAGCACCCUAGAUCGAAAACGAAGACCCCAAAAUCUCGAAAACGAAGCACUCAAAUCUCGAAAACGAAGUACCCAAAACUCGAAACCACUGUCGGCUGUACGUCUUGCAUGACGCAAUCCGAAUCAGGUGGAGGCAGCGGAUGCGUCCGCACCUCCAAAGGUCCACAAAAUCCAUCCCAAGGUUUUAUAAGAGCCUGCCAACUGUUUAACUGAACGUUUCUAGAUGGGAUACAGUGUAUUAAUUUUAUUAUUGGUCUCGCUAUACUUGAUACAUCUUACCUUAAUAUGCGUUUUUUCGGUACACAUGCAUGUUUAUGUAGACUUGAAAAAACUGUCCGUCAGCAGAUUUUGGCGUAUUCAAGUACGCGUGAGCAGUAACACUAAAGGUCUGAAACGAGGCUGAAAACGGAGUGUGACGCUCGCGCGUAUUACUCUUACGCCACGCUUUACCGACUUCUUUACUGAUUUUGAGAAAAAAACCGACUGUUUUGCAGUCUACCAUAUCGGAUAUUUAUGCCACUGCGUGAUCAGAUCAGAUCAGAUCCAGGCAGAAUUUGUUCUAGGGUAAUAGCCUGGGAUCAGGCUCUAUGGUGGGGAACAGGAGAAUUUUGAAAUAAAAGGAGCGAAUAAAAAAAGGAGAGUUAAGCUACUGAGAAGGAGGUCGGUGGGGCGAAGCCUGAAGAUAUGCUUUUUAUGCCACCGAUCCACCUUUAACUACACUAAUUUGCAAAUGGCCUUUAACGAGGAAUGGAAUAGAAAACGCUCAUCAUUUUUGUACGGGGAUACUUGCAAUACAGUAAUACGGCAAUACAGUAAUAUUCUAGAAAUAGUUUGGGCGUUCUCAGUUUUCUGAUCACGUCCAAAACAUAGCCUCCCACCGGGCCUCCCACGCAGCGGUGGAAAUGCAUUUACAACUUGAGUAGUUGAACUGCAUUCGAUUCGUUAUCGAAUACUCGUUAUCGCGCUUGAUUUCUGCUGUAUUUACAUUGGUCUCGUGUUUAUAAAGGAAAGACCGGUGUCGAGUUUUUGGGUGCUUCGUUUUCGAGUUUUGGGUGCUUCGUUUUCGAUCUAGGGUGCUUCGUUUUCGAGUUUUGGGUGCUUCGUUUUCGAGAUUUGGGUGCUUCGUUUUCGAGUUUUGGGUGCUUCGUGCUUCGGUCUUCGUUUUCGAGUGCUUCGUUUUCGAAACUACCGCUGCCACCACCGUAGAUGCUAAAACUCCCUAGUUAGUAAAAGUUAAAUCGCUCCUUUACGUCUUCUAAAAGUAGCAAUUGAGUGAAAAUCAACUUUGAAAGUUUUGCAUUGAGCAGCGUGUUGCAUUGUUAUCCUAAACAGAGACCAGAAGUGAAAGCCCCUCAAGACAAUCCCGAUUCAGUGAACUGCUGGGUAAAAAGGAAAAAAAUGAACCUAAAAAACAAGCUGUACCUAAAUCACUGGAUGAUUUCAUGGCAAAUAUCAGCAGUAAAGCAAAUACUGGAUCAAGUGCAGCAAACAAGAAAGGUGUGGCAUUUCAUGAAAUUAAUUUUGCCUCUACGGCCACAUCCUGCGUAGCAAGCGUUUCUGUGCGGUUCAGGAGCAAAGAAUGAGAAAUAAGAGUCAAAGACCGCGCGACAAAUGGCGCAAGUAAAAGAGCGGGGAGGGGUCCUUCCUUCCCCUCCCCCUCCCCCCUCUUUCAUUUUUUGGUUCUCGUUUCAUUUCUCGCGCGGUCAAACCGAAAAUCUCUUUCCACGAUCUUUUUUUGCUCCGAAACCAAACGGAAACGCUUGCUAGGCAGGCUACUAAAACCAGAAGCCUUCUGGCUCUUCAUCAGAACCUUUAAUUUAAUUGGACCCCUACUGUUUUGGGGCUAGUUUCCAUUGUUAACUUUGUUUGUUCAUUGUUAAUUCCCGACCAGUCCAGUGUGGUCUUCCGAGAGCGGCUCGAGUAGUGUCCUUAACUUAGGGUUUUGUAUAAGGGGUAGUUAAUUUAGGACAUUUAGUAAAAGUACUGUAUUUUUGUAUUAAAAAAGAGGUUUUAAAGGCUUGUUUAUCGUGGAAAAUGCACUUAGCUUAUCCAGCUAGUUUACAGGAACUCCACUCAAAUACUUAGAAAAAAAUAAUUCAAAUACAACAUAACAGGAUUAAAAACCCCAACUGGCAGGAGGCAACCAGUUGGCUAUUUAUAAGCGCGGCCGAGGAUUUGAACUCGGGACGACCGAGAACAAAUCCAGCAAGUGGCCAGAGCGGGACUCGAACCUAGGACCGCCGCAUUGCGAGACGCGCUAACCACUCGACCACCUUGCCUCCCUGCCACCGCGCAACCUCGUUCCCAGGGUUCUCUCCUACCCGCCCUAUUGUAAGAGAACCCUGGGAACGAGGUUGGCCACUGCCCCUCCUUAUACUGUUUAAAUACCGUAUAUCAUGCUGAGAACGUAAUCAUGUAUAAUAAUAUAUCGUUCAGUUUCUAGUCCUACAUCUGAAGAAUCGUUCCAGUUUGGAGGCUAUAUGCCUUCAGCGGCCUCUAGUGGCUCAUCGCGUAGCCGAGGAGGACUUGCCAGACCAGACACAGCCCCCAGCUCCAGCAAGCGGUCUGUGAGGUUUUCUGAUGAACUGGGACUAGAUGACGAAUUGUUCGGAAAUGAGCGACCCUCCACUGCACCUGGUGAACGAGCAGACAGAAGACAACAGAGAAAAGAGGAGAAAGAUGAUACAAACACUGGAUCAUUGCUUGAGGAUGACAAGAAACCACCUUUGGGAAGCAAGCAAACAAGGCGGCAACCAAAGGUUAAUGGUGGGUGCACAAAGUCAGAAUGAAUGAUUUUGCUGUUUUUAUACCAUUUACGUUUCAACGCCGUAUAGACAGUAGGCAGGUGUUUGAUUCGAAGGGGUGCAUGCAUGCAGUAAGGCCUAAAGUAAUUCCUGAUCUGAUAUCAAGUUCUUGCUUUGGUUUUUAAGAGUGAUUUGAAGAUUUAUUCCAGGCAUCUUUUCAUUUGUAAGACUGUCAAAGCGAUGAGCUCCUAAAACCGCGAAGCAAAAAGAGUUUCUUACAUUAAAUGAAGCCUGCACUGUAUUCGAGUUUGAGGUCGAGUUCAGUUCGUAGCAUAUUGGAGAGGGUAGUUUUCAUAUUAGGGAGCUUAAGCAUCUUGGCGUUUUUUAGGCACGCACGUCAACCAGAUUUUCCCUUUUAAUACGCCUUGAGUCUUGACUCUACCACACUUGUAUUGCUAAGUGUCUUUACUGGCUGUUAUAGAGACGAGUUGCCUGAAAAUAUGGGUAGAACAAUUACCAAAGAGUGCAAAAGGCUUCUUCCAGUUGCUGUGCGUCGUUCAAAAACGUCUUUGCUGAAGCCCUCUAUUAUUUCACCGACCCCGUACCGGUUAAUGCCUAAGAAAUAAUGCUUUGCAGUUUCAGAAAGCAAAGUAUAAGAGGCUUGACAACUCUUGCGUCCGAGACAUAUCCAGCAUUACAGAUGUGGUUUUCAGAGUUUUGAUUUUCUUAUUUUAGCUGGUCUUUUGUGAUAUUCGUUGAUUAAUAGCUCAUUCAGAUAAGUGUCUGAUCAUGAUAUUUUUAUGAAUUUCAGAGAAAGAUACGCCUGAACCAAAGAAGGAUCCACAAGCUGAAAAACCUAAGUCAUCUCCAGCAUCAGGUAUUACAGGCUGUGAUUCUUUCUUAAGUAAUAAUUCAACUCAAUUGAUGACGGUAACGUCUACAGGAUUUUUGCACUAAGCAUAGGUAGCUUUUGAUAAGAAAAAAGCGGCACAAGUAAAUUUAAGUUGGCCAUUUUCGAGUUCCAGAAACUCUCACUUUAUUCAAAACCUUCCUUGUGAAAAUGAGUUUUAAUUCACCACAGCAGAAACUGAGCCGCGUUAAUUCUCGCAAAGGCGUCUGCGACAUGUUACUGGGGAAAAGGAAAACAAAUUGGCCAAUAGCUGAAUAGCGCAUCCCCAAUAACAAUCCCAGAAGUCUUUGCGAAAGCUAACUCGGCUCAGUCUCGUUCUCGUUUUUUAAGUGGCUCAGCCUCGCUUUGAAACAGAGGUUUUAUCGUGACGUGGUUUAUUACAAGGUGCUCUGUCUGAAGUGACUUAUAUAGUUACUAAAAUCUUGAACUUAAGUGGAGAGCUUAUUGUCAAAAACUGGAGUAUGUAUGAAAAUAUGAAAAAGUAAUUGUCAUAUUUUUUAAUGAGAAUAUUCGUGCGGCCGAAUAGUCAGUCCCUACUUUUCUUUGAAAAAAUUUUUUUUAAGUAUUUUAGUAACCACUGAAUUCUCAACGAUGAUCAAACACGAGUGAGAACAGUCUGAUUCGAAAGUUAAAAUGACGUAGUUCAAGAUUCGACAGAGUCCAUUCUUGAAGAAAAUUCAUUGAUAACAAUUGCAUCUGUCUGCAGGAACAAAACCGAGCGGAGGUGGUGGUGUUGGUGCGGACUGGCUGGGACUGGGAACUGAUGACGAUGGAGGCCUGGAUCUAGGCGCUGGUUCGUUAAAACCCAGCACACCAUCUUCUCAGGAAGGCAAACAAGAUACGCUCACUGCGCAAGGUAUAUUCCUAAGAACUAUUAAUAAGUUAUUUAUUUUUUAUUGUCAUCCUACGUCCUACCUAUGCACUUAUACUUUCACAGCAUUCACUGCAUGAUAGAAAAAAUUGUAAUCAGCGAGACCCUAAAGACUGAAAUAAUGAUGUGAAGAUGUUCGUUUCGAGAGAGCUUAAUUCAUGGCGUGUCCAAUCAGCAUGAUGCGUAAUAAUGCGCAAAGUCACGAGUACCCGAGGCCAUAAACAGAUAAGCUCAUUAGGAAAUAAGCGGUUGGGGAAGAGACGAAAAUGAUGAUUGGUCGGUGGCGGUUGGAAGGUUCUCUCAUGUCGAAGCCACAAAGCUACAUCAUAACACGGGAGGUGUCACUACGAAGACUAUCCAUAAAAGAAGAGAUUCACAAUACAGAAAUCAACCAUUUAACCUCAUCUGUUGUUUUCAGCCCCCCCUGAGCGUCACGGCAGGCAAUCAUCACCACCCAGGAGAGCUGGACGGUACAGGGGGGAGGGUGAUAAUGAUGAGUUCCUACGCAUGCUGGGAAUCACUCCUGAUGAACCGCCUAAACCAAAACAAGUUGAAGCAACUGAUGAAGGCGGCAAGUAAGUAAUUAAUACAAAGACAACUAUUUUCCACUCUUACCGACCAUAGCAAUGACAUCAAAAUGUUAAAAACUCACGUGAAACCACGAACCGCAGGUUUAUUGGUUUCAUAGUAAAGUUUUGAAAAUAUUGACGACCCUGACGUCAUUUCUAUGGUCGAUAAGAGUAUGGAAAAUUGUUGUCGAUUUGUUUGCUACAAUAACAUCAAUUUGAAAGAUUUUGACGUCCAUUUUUGUAGACGUUUCUCGGGAAAUCGCGCCCAAGAGAAAGAGAAAAGGCAAUUGCUCCACCAUCACGUCAUUUCCUAGUCAGUACUCUAACUCUCGACCAAUCAGUGGGCGGAAAAUCCCUCUGUUAUGGUAAAAAGAUUUUUGACCGCAAAAUAGUCUGCAUAUGCCACCCUUUUUUCCCAUCUUCAGGUAAAUAAUCAAUACUCCGAUGUACAUUUUGUUUGACUAAGCGAUAUGAACUUUGGUUAAGGCUUAUUGAGAGACUGACCGUUUUAUUGCUAACUGAUCCACACAGGUCAUCCUUGCUUCCAUGGGAGGCCUCAGGAGGUAGUCCCAGGAGAGGAAGACGAUGGCGUGAUCAGACAUCACAGCAAAACUCGGUAGAUAAACCAGACAACGCAUCCACCCAGGGUGGUCCUCUGGAUAGGCCACGUGAAGAAGCUACGGACCGAGGACUCACGGAGAAUGAAAUACUGAAGCAGAGGGGUAUGGAAGAUAAAAGAAAAGCGUCAUUCAGCCAAGAAACACCGAGACCAGCUACCGAGCAACAGCAACAACAGCACGGCAAAUCUUCACAGUACAAUGCGCAACAGAAUGUUGUGGCUUCUACUCCGCCUGUGGUUAUGCCUGAGUCAACUCCAUCACAUCCUGGCCCUACUCACCACCAGUCGCCAUAUGCAAUCCAACAGGGUAACUUCCCUCCACAAGUGGCAGCCCAACCCUACACCCCUCAGUUGUAUCACCCCCAGUAUCAGCCCGCUCCUUUUGCCUCCCCUGCCAGUCAAAGUCUGCCCCAGUCCAUUUCCUACCAACUUCAGUAUCAGUCUCCUGCUGGAUUCCAAACUUUGCCCCAGACCCCGCCGGCCUCGUUACAGACCCCUCAGCUCUCUCCCGGGAUUCCCCAACCGUCUUCAUUGGAGAGGCUUGAAAUGUCAAAACUCAAAGCAGAAAGCGACCUACAGCAGAGCCGCUUGAUGGAAUACCAGGUAGCGAGUGAGUACCAAGAGCAACAAAAGACGCGUCUGGAGGAGGAGGUGAAGGACCUGGUGAAAAGAGUUCAAAAUAUGGAAGGCAUCAGGCAAAAGAAAGAUCUGGAUGCCGCCAGUAAGAUAUCAGAGCUAGAAGGAAAGGUAAACAGUCUUUUUUAAAUACCACCUACCGAACACUUAGGAGCCUUAAAAUUAGGACUGCGUCACGGCUGGGUAGUUGAUUUACGCAUCUUUAUUUGCUAUAGAACUUGGGAAAUUACUUCUGUUCACUAUCGCUUCGCUCAGCCGAAUAGAAAAUAUUUCUGUUAUAAAUAUGAACAGACGAAACGACACAAUGAUACAUGGAGGGAGCCGCCAAUCAUUUAUCAAACGUCACAAACAGGAAUAUGAACUUUGAAAAACUGUUAGGCUGACAUGUGUUCAAAAACCACAAUUGUAAUCCGUUUCGAUCUUCUUCAAGUUUGUCCAUUCGUGCCUUCUUUUGUAUUUGCUGUGUUAUUUAUACCAUCUUUUAAUGUCUGAGUUGUUAUUUUUAUGUCAUUUCACUCAGUUUGGCGACAGAAUUUUGAUAAAUUUCGUGACACAGCUCCAGAACGUGGUCCUGCGUGCCAGAUAGAAUUGGAAUUUGGAAGUGUUAGUAAAAAAUGGAGUAUGCGGAGAAAAGCCUAUUGAUGCAAGGGAGAGCCCGGAAAAAUCUACAGACAAACUAAAGUUAAAAUUAAACAUAGAAUAGAACAAAAUGAUCAGAAGUUGUGAGCGGUUUAUCAUAACAAAUGAGAUAGAAGUGAGUUACCUGGCUCCAGUAUAUACGACUGUUUUAUUCCUGUUGUUAGGUUCGCCGUCUGGAACUUGAGCGGGAAGAAAUGCUGACUACAAUAGAGUCACUUAAGACAAGACACAAGGAUGAAAUGGCUAACAUCGAUACAUCUCACAAGUAAGAUAAAAACGAGAUAGGAGAUUAAGACUCAUGCACAAUUUACACGUGUUCGAAUCUUCAAGACCUCACCUUGUUCCUCAAGUUUGAGAGUGUUGUCAUUCAAUUUUUCAUUACAAGUUCUAACGAUAACACGUACCGCAUGUAUGUAAAACACGGUCUAGAGCUUCCAAAUUCCCUUAUAGUAAUGUUAGCUUCUCUGGAUCGGUUUAACUUGAGUCGCAAAACUAGUCACAGGUACAGAUAAGCGAAGUAUUGAAGGAAGCUUCACGAAACAAAAAUAAAAAGCUGGAAGCUUCCUCCAGUACUUCGCUUAUCUGCACCUGUGACUAGUUUUGCGACUCCGGCAAGUGUUUAAUUUCUUUCCGUCUUAUUUACUUGUUUAUCCGGAUUACGGUGUAGAGGCCUUGAUACAAACAUUGAGUCUUGUAAGGAAAACGCUCCUAGGAGUUCCUGAGUUUGAUAGCAGUCAUUGACUAAGUUCGACUUAUGGCGCGAAAUUUAUAAGUGGAAAAUUCCACUGGUGACGUCAUAACAACUGACCAAUAGGAGAGUGAGUGACAUUUGACACAUAUAUCAAUCAUUUUUUCCCGCCUAAAUUUGUAAUAUGAUUCAACCCAUUUAGGCAAAACAAGUCGACCUCGUGACCGGUCGCUGCGCAAACUCAUUAAAGCAUACUUCGCUUACAAGAGGGCGAUUUGUAGAAAGUCUAUAACUAAGUUAAAAACCCCGCCACUGUAGUUGAGUUGACUCGGUGGUGUUGUGGAUAUCAUGCUCAACUAUAGCCUGCGUGGCAGGCGUUAAAAGGGGAAGGGGGUCUCGCGCCCUAAUUCCCUUCUCCUUCCCUUUCGAACGCCUGCCACGCAGGUUAGCUCAACUACAGAUUGGUUGACGCAGGUUUGUGUCCUGCUCGGUAAACAAUGUUUUUCUUUCUUUCAUGAAGCGUAUGCCGCACGUAAGGUCUACACUGUUUCUUAUAUUUCUAUUUCUCUAAUUUAUAAGAUCACAUUUAAAGACGCUGGAAGAGUCCUAUCAGCGGCGAGAACAAAGACUCAAAGAGGAGACCGAUCUCAUCAUCGCCCAAAACAGUGAAAAGUUUAAGAGCCUUGAAAGAGAAAAAGCUGAUCUACAAGCUUCGAACAACAGAAAAAUUUCUAUUCUAGAAACCGGGAAAAACAAUGAGAUUGAGUCCCUAAAAGACAUUCACCGAAGAGCUUUAGAUCAAUUACGUCAAGAGCACGAAGAGGAGAUUGCGCAGUUAAGAAGACUCAAGGAACAGGAGGUGUCAGCGGCGACAAGUGCCCAUGCGCACACCAAAUCUCUUCAGUCUCUUAUGGAUCAAGUGUUAAACUCAACUCGUCAAGUGAGCGACUUGCGUCAAAGGAUCGAGGUUACGCAUAAUAGCGGGCUGGAAGAGCGGGAACUCUCGGCGAGGGCCCGGGACGAGUACCUGAAACAGCUACAGGAGAGGUUGCUUAGGCAGCAGUCGGAAAAUGAUGAGGAAAGAGCCAGGUUACAAGGCAAGUGAAUUAUAUAGCGUUUGGGAGGUUCUCUUUGAAGGAACUACAGGCCCUUUGUAGCUAGAUCAUUCGUGUGGUACAAAACCACUGUGAUGCACCGGGAUGGAUGAAACUAUCCUAUCCUAUCUAGAAGUUCACACUUCAUUUAAAGUGCUAAUUUCCUUUGUUUGUCUUGUUUAGUCCCAGUGUAUUCCUUGCUCUCCAAUGGCAGUUUUGUUUCACGUGAAUGGCUAGCUAGAAAGGGAAAUUUCCGCGUGUAACUGCCAAUUUAUCAGGAAACUGCAUGUCAGUUUAGAAACCGAAUUAGAAAGAUAAUACGCAUAUUUGAAGAUUCGAAUUUAGUGUAAUCAAUACAUAAAUAAUAACAAUACAGUCAACCCCGCUUUACCCUUUAAAUCCCAAUAUCCACAUACAAAUUCUCCAACCUGAUCUCCAUACAUUUCUUUCAUGAAUGAAUUGAGAGAAUUUGAUAAAAGAUCAAGGCAUUUUCCCUUAGGUGAUCAUUUUGUUAAUUCUCAUAACCUAAUCUCUUGACAUUGUUUGGAUAGUAUUAGGAGAAAAUUAAUGUUGGUCACUAUUGGGACUUUAAGGGUUAAUACAGACACCUCAUUAUUACGGACAGCUUGCUUUGUCUCUCAGGAAAAAAGACCCUUACAUUUUCAACCCGAUUAAUACGGAUAGCCCGUAAUUACCGACAUUUUGUAUAGCCCCCUCAGUGUCCUUAUUAACGGGCUUUGACUGUUAGGAAAGUCUUCUAAUGUCAUUUUUUUCUCAUUAUGAGUCCGGUGAAUUAUUGGCUUGUUAUGUGCCAUAUAGGCUUAGUCGCUAAGAUGGAACUGCACAUGCGCGAGCAGACACGUCAAGUGGAUCAAGAAAGAUGGCGGCUAACACAGGAGGAGUCACGUUUAAAGGCUUUACAGGCUGCACUGGAAGAUGAACGGCGUAUCACCUUGGAACAGCUGUCUGCACAAAGAGCUGAGGUGAAAAGAGACGACAAUUAUAGCAUGAAUCUUACUUCAUAAUAUAGAAGUCGUUUUGGUUCGUCUUAGAACAAACCUUACUGAUGUUACCAUCGUUGUUCGCGUUGAAGAGGAUGAUUGCCACGGGGCGGGGGAUCUGCAUUCAGUUAUAAGUUUGCAGGAGCCUUAACGUCGAAAACGUCACUAAAAAAAGUGACUUCGCUUUCUUUGAAACUUCUGCGCUUUGUCAAAUGUAGGAGUUGAUUUCCUAAGAAAAUUAAUGAAGUUCAAAAAGAAAAAAACAAAUUCCUCGUCUUUUGUUUUUUUGAAAUCGUGAAAUCAGGAAGUUUUUCGCCGUAGUCGUGCAGUGACGGCAAAGAAACGUACCAAAAAGUGUGCCGAAUAGGCAAAGUUGUUAUUGUUAUGCUAAUGUAUACCUACUGCUUGUUUGACGUUCCCGUUGCCGUCGCCGUCGUAAAGACUGGUUGUGCGAUGCUUUCUCGUGGUAUACUGUGAAAUCCAUGAUCCCACGAGUGACUUGAUUUUACUUAGUUUGGCGAGUGUGUAUACAAAGAAGAAUUAAGUCACGAGUGGGAUAUUCAAGGUAUUCCAAGAGAAAACAUCGCAUGACUGAUUCAUUCCAUGUCACUGAUCAUGACAACGUCAAAUCAAGAUACCUCUCCAUCAAAGGUAAACUCAAAAAAGCCACUUUUAAUACUAAAUGUAAUCUGUAAACACCAAUGUCCAAAUGAUAGUCACACAGUUAGUAUUCUCCUUUGUCCAAUUAACCUGCAUCGUGAAGAAAAUAGCAACACAGCUCUCAAACGCUUCUGGCGGGAUUUCAGUGAGCUUGUUCCGAAAUGCGGAUCCCAUCGGUCUUCGCAACACUGGUUAACUGGUUUGUUUUUCUUGCUCUCGGCUACUACGUUCCUUAGCUUCUUUGUCCGUAGUAGGCAUUUUGAUUUCGUUUUGUGUUACGUUUUUAACUUUGACUCCAUAGAAGUCCGAAUGGUAGUUGAAACUCGGGUUUUGCGGUGUUGUUUAAAGAUGCUUCUGAUAUUUUUUGUAAAGUGAAAAGUUGUUGCUGUCGUUAUCUGCUUUGUCUUCGGAGGAAAAAUGAAAAGGCCGCGAGCAUCGCCGGGAUUUUGGGGGAAAUACUACCCAUUGCACACUGCAGAAUAUGCAACGGUUUUCUUGCUUUCUGAUUGGCUGUAUGGCAUGGGAUAAAACAUCUUAAACUCUCUAGUUUGCAUAUAUUUAGGUACAGCGAGCCCGGGACGAUCUCGUCCGAGAACAGAGGAACACCAUGAGUCAAAUACAAGAAGAACGCAGAACGUUAGCCACCGAACGAGCCCAACUUUCUUCGGCCCACAGAGACCUGAUCAGCAGAGAAAAGUUAAAGACUGAGACGAGCGUACAGGUAUUAGACCACGUCAAUUAACUUUUGAGAAAUAUGGAGUUAUAUAACACAUAAUGGGAGAUUCGAUACAUGCAUCUCCGAGCAAUCUAGUGUGUAACUUAAGCUAACUUUCCACCGUUUUCCAAGGAGACCUGAACUGUUUGUCUUUUGUCAUGUUUUAUGCCUCAUAUCUUUUUCUUUUUUGGGGUUAUUACACUGCAAUUGUAUAGAAUCUAUUUCGCAAAUAGUAUGCAUGUCCUAUUGCGCGGAUCAAUGUAAAACGGAUCAAACUGCCUCACUUGCCCCUCUCCCAACGCAACAUUUUGCUCUUUAGUGAGAAGAUAGUGUUAGCGUUGCUUUAGGGGAGGGGUAGUUGGGGGAGUUUCCGUACUGUGUUUAGCUUAGUUUAGUUUAUUGAGCUCCGUCUUAAAAUAAAAACACAGGAAGAAAAAAACAAACAAAACAAAACUAACCCUUAAACUUCUUAGCCAGUACAGCGCAAAAAGCUUAGUGAAGUUCCGUGCAAAAACUGAAUAAGUCUCGAUACGAGAAAAAAAAAGUGCAGGAGAGCAGCGAUAGACCAAUUUCAAUAUACUAAAAUUCAUACUUGCGGGCUCCGAGGCUAAGGGAAAUAAAACAAAAGAAAUCAUCUUGAGGCUCUGCGAUGAGUAAUACACUUCUUUUGUUUUAUUCUCCCAAGCCUCGUAGCUAAGUAUGAAUUUUAAAGUAUCGAAAUUGGUCUAUUGAGAACAGUUUUUUUAAAAGUGAUUUCUCGACCUUACCUUCUUAUUUAACGUGCUCCUGGUUCUGUCCUAUUUGUUAAUAUUUCAUCUUGUUCGCUUAGGCCGAGGCAGACCUGGGCGCUACUGCAGUAAGGAUUAAAGAAGAGUCCGCUGCCCUUAGCGUACGUGAUGCGCAGCUUAAACAAGAAGAGGAGAGACUAAAAAGAGAGAAGCAAGAAUUCGAGAAACAGCGGAGUGGAUUUGAUGAAGAAAGGGACAGGAUUGGAAAACUGGGACUUGAAGUGCAGAAACGGUCACGUGAAAUUGAUGAAUUGUGCUCUGUAUGUCGCUGUUCGCUUAUUGUGUCUUUUGUUUUUCUUUCUGUAAUUCAUGUCGUUAAUAUAGUUAUGAUUAUGAUUAUAAUUAUGUAGCAAUUAGUUCGACAUCCAUUUCAAGGGUAAUCAGACUGCAACCUUAAGGUACAGUGAAACGGACAACAAGAGACAUGCAACUUGUUUUGCGACAUUGCUGCAAAACGGCUUGAAUAUCGAUGUUGAGCGUUUUAACACCCAGGAAUCAAAACUGUCUUGCAACAAAUCAGGUUGUAAACAGGUACAUACAUACAUACAUAAACUUUAUUAAUGUGUCUUGGAAUGUCUAGCCGAUGGGGUUAAGAACCCCUCUACUAAUUGGGGACACCUAACAAUAUAAUAUAGUUACCUAACAAUCCUACUAACUAUCUACUAAUGAAAUAAUUGAUUUAAAAAGAUUAAGAAUUACAAAGGAUUAAGAAUUACAAAGGAUGCAAUUAUAGUUACCUAACAAUAUAAUAUAGUUAAAAAACCUACUAACUAUCAACUAAUGAAAUAAUUGGUUUAUAAAGAUUAAGAAUUACAGAGGAUGCAAUUGGAGCAAUUGUCGUCGUCUAUCAUUACACCUAGAUCAAAUUUACGAAUACAAUUUUUGAAACUAAAUAAUGAUGGGAGAGUUCUGAUUUCGCUUGGCAGCUUAUUCCACAACUUUGGUCCCAGGUAGGUGAGCGAGUGUUUACCAUAUUUAUUGGUCCUAAAUCUGGGAAUGGCGAACUCUGCCGUCCUCAAGUUGUAGGGUGAGCAAUGCGCGUGAAAUAGCUCGGAUAUUUUGAUGGGGCAUAGUUUGUGUUUCACCUUAUACAUAAGGAUAGCAAUAUCUUGCAGUCUUCUGUUCUGAAGAGUCGUUAGGUCACUUUUGUCCAGCAAUGCUUGGUAGCUUGAUUGCUUAUCUAGGAAAACUGCGCGUAGUGCUCUUUCUUGGACCCGUUCAAGCUUUCUUUUGUCGGUAGCACUACAGAAAUGCCAAGUCAGGUGGCAAUAGGUUAAGUAAGGCAAUAUGGCUGAUUUAUACAGAGUUAAUUUAGCAUUGGUAGGGACAAGUUUUUUAAGCCUUAACAUUACACCUACUCUUUGACUCGCCUUCUUACAUAUUUCAUUAAUGUGAGUGUUAAAAUUCAACUGUUCAUCUAUGGUGACCCCUAGCAACUUAAGACAGUCAGAAGAUUCGAUGGUGUUUCCUUGAAAGUGUAAUGGAGUGUUACUUUCUGUCUUGUUAUGCUUUAAAGUCAUAGUUUGAUAUUUGCUCAGGUUUCCUUGUAGCAGAUUGCUAGCGUACCAUUCGGAGGCCCUAUUGGCAUUCCUCAUAAGAUUGGUGUCAGCCAUUUUCAGGUUCCCCGCUGUUUCAAACAUUUGAUGGUCAUCCGCGUAUAUAGAGAGAUGCGAAGUUAUUACGUAUGUCAGAUCGUUUGAACAAGGGUGGCAAAACGCGAAACUUCGCUUUUCAACAAUUUUUUUAGCAAUGUUGCAAAACAUGUUAAACGUUGUUGCUGCCGUUUUACCGAAACUUUAGUAAUCUUUAUUGUUAUUUACCCAGGAUGCCGCUCGGGUGCGUGACGAUGGAGAGCACGCCCUGGAACUAGCGGAGCGCGUACGAGUGAACGCUGAAAGUCAGCGGGCGGAGGCCGAAGGAAUGCUGCUGGUAAUACAAGAAAAAGAACGACAGCUGGCACAGGUAAACUGACUGAAAGAUUUCGUACUUUUGGAAUAAACAGUAAAUUGCUAAGUUGUAUAAUGUUUAAUAUGUUAUUUCAUGUUAUUUUUUUAUUCUGGGAUUUAAAUACAUACAAGCGUAUUUUGAAAGACUACCCGCUGCGUACGAAAAACAGGUCAUUUUCGCUGCCUAUAUCGUCGUUUACUAGAGACUAUGCCGGAAUAUAGUUUUUGACAUAAGUCUACUUUAAUAGCCCACGGUCGAUAUGUUAAAAUUCUAACGUGACUCCGAGGCUUUAGGGACAAAAUUUCAAAUUUUUCACGACUUCAUUGUCUCGCAAUUCCCAGAAGAGACUUGACCGAAAUAGAAAAAUAACCAGAAAGCCUGGGAGUCAUGUUAGAAUUUUAAUAUAUCGAACGUGGACUACUGGAGAAGAGGAGUGUUUUGCAGGCUUGAUGACCAUAUUCAAAACUAAAGUAUUUCGUGUAAUUAACACCAUUUUCAGUUUAACUUGCCUUUACCAACUCUUGUGUAUUUUAGAUAUGUGUUAGGUAUUCUUUUCAUAAUAGAUGUCCCAUCUCUUUCGAUCUCUAUUAUCAGGACCGUCUUGCUAUUGCGCAUGAGCGGCGCUUGUUGGAGAAAGACAAACAGACAGGACGGUGUUGGCAGUGUGAGGGACGGCGAACAGCUGCCGCUGAACAGAUACAUGCUACAGGUUCAAACUCUUUAUAACUGAGCUUAGCAAGGCUUGCUUUUUGGGGGGGGGGGCGGCAUUUUAGUUGAACUUUAAUUUCUUGCAUUGUUGUGGUUUUCUUGUUUUCCCUGUACUGCCGAUUUCUUGCUUGUUUCUAACAAUUAGAAUAAUGAUCAAGGGAUAAUAUAAACAUCAAUUAUCUCGGGCAUCUUUUAAGAAUUGUAAAUACAUGUCGGUAAAUAAUAUUCUGAGACAGAGCCUCUACUUCCGUUCUAGUGGCUGCUCCAACUGGACGAUAGUGUGUCUGCUGUUUAAUUUUGUAAAGUAAAAACAGCUGAAGAAGCCUAAUCUCACGUACUGACUUUAUGAUUACAUUACCAGACUGAUCAAAACGUUUGAAAUCAAGAUGUAAGUUACUAACCGUGUCAAGACCACGGGAAAAAACGCUGUUCUAAAUUUUGUAUUCCAGACUAGUUUCAAAGGUAAUUCGACAGGAAAAAAACCUUUAAGGCAAUUAAAUUCAAAUUCAGUGUGUAUUUUACCACCACAGACAAGCUUUAAAGAAUAUUUAACGUGGUAGCUCCAAAAUAUCGAGGUUAAUACGCAAAAUUUAAAGAACGAGUACUGGGCAGGAGACCUCAAGACUGACCCUUAGGGCUUAUCCUAAGAGGUACAGGGUAAAUUCAUUUCAGUUGAGUGCACGGACACUUACCCUAUUGAAUUGAGGUUGAGAAACAAGCAGAGAAGACACUAACACAACCACAAACCUUUUUUGUGAGAGCAAAAGAACAAAAAAUAACAAAGUAACCCAACUUUCGGUCAACCAUGUUUCAAGAAGUUAACGUAUACUUUUUCUUUCCUAUUCCCUUGAAGAACCAAAAUGCCAACCAUCCUUAGUAUUCUUUGCGGAAUUUUUGACAGGAAAUGACAUGCACUUAUGUGUCUGCUAUAAAACAUUGUUUUGACAUUGUUUGAAAAUUUUCGUCUGGUAGGAAGUCACUCUUCACUUCUUUCCUUUACGCAUUUCGAUGUAAUGAGUUGCCCUGUUUAUCUUGCUUUACAGACUCACCCGCGGUGGUUAGUCAAUCCUCCCUCUUGGCGUCGGCUCCUGGCACGCCUGAUUUGUUAGUUAACAGUCUGGAGUUGAAAAGAACACUAAGGAAAUGGUCACAUGACAAAGAAAAGGUAAAAGAAGACGGAAUCAUCGGUGAUUGUUUUCUCGUUGAUAUUUGGUUUUCUCCUUCCCGGUCCUCCCAGGUGAACCCCAACUCCACCCGUUCGAUAGACUGGGCACUAGAAGGGUUUUUUCGCGUCCGCGCGCGUGCGGCGGGAAGCUUCCUCCGACGCCACUGGUCACAAUGAAGACUUGACUCAAACUGGAAAUCGCGCGUGCAACGUCUCUGGCACCCAGGGUACCCGUUCGAUGCCAAUGCUUUGUUGAUAUGUUUUAAAGCGUUAAAAUAUAGAAAUUAAGUUCGCCAUGAAAAUUAAGGAGCGUGGCGUGACAAACCAACUAAAGACUCGGCGUCGGAGACUUACCGAGUACUAUUCUGCAAGCAAGCCCACAGUUAACCGAAUAGCAAAUGGGCGGAAUAGAAAAGCCUGGAGGGGGGGGGGGGUAGGGCUACACUUAUCAGGUAAAGAUACUAUUUAUUUUACUUGGAAUUCUUUAAAAAUACUAUAAAACUUCACAGAAUUGGGUUUGCGGAGGGGGGCGGGCUAGGCUCGGAUUGCUCGGAAUUAAAACAUAUCUUGCAUUUUAUUGUAUCCUGAUUGUGAGAUGGUGGCUUGACAAUGUUAAUUAAACAUCAAAGCGCUCGACAUACUUCGCAAAGUUUGCUGACCAUAAUUGUGCGCAAUGAUCCGAAGGUGUUCAUAGGAGUAGAAAGAAAUUAGGAGCCCGACCGAAACGCGCGUAACUUUGUGAUUUAUGCUCUUAUCAAGACAGUCGAUUAGGUCAAUUGUCUAUCACAAAGGGAUUGAUUAGCUGACAUUUUCAACGGUAGCCUUGAGAAGGUCGAUAAAGAGCUUCGCUCUCUUUACAGCGGGAUUAUCAACCUAACCAAUUCAGUUGAUUAAAAAUAAAACUUUCAUGCGACACCGUUUAUUUGCCGACUAUUCGUUAACUUAACGCAUGUGAUGGUAAUACAUCUCAACUUUUCAGUUUUUAGCCUUUCUCAGCAAUCACCGAUACCGUUCCACAAAACAUAGCCGCGGGGAACGUUUCGCCCGAAACGUUCCCAGCGGCGAAGAGCGAGGAGAAACCGAUGUUUUCGCAGGCUACACGAAAAACAACUCUCAACUGUGGAGAAACCUGGUUGGUUUUACUGAACAAUGCAGUUGCUCCACGUUUUCCCAAUUAUUAACUUUUCCAAAGUAAAAACAGUAAAUUAAUUUUACUUUUUUUAUGCUUUAUUUUUAGGAUGAAGAAUUCCUCGAGCAGGAAGCCCAGUUUCUUAACAGACUUCAAAAGUCACAUGACACCAGCAAGCACAAAUCAAGCUUGCCUCUUAAUUCAACAGUUUACUAAUAGUUUGUUGCGUGAGUCUCCAGAGAUCAUUACAGAGGUUAGCAGCACCUUUACGGCAAUCCGCAAACGACAGAGAGGGCCAUAAGAUUCCUAAUGUAUCCGGCAACGAUGAAAAACUAAAAGUUUUCAAUUACGUUUUGCAUGAAUGUGAAAUCAUACUUCUUCGUGUUCAAAACAGCAAAUAACGGGAUUGUACCGAAUAAGCUACAACGUCGACAUUUUCUUGUAAAUACCAGCCUUGUCGCUCAAUUAACACUCCCUGGUUUAGUAUUAUUUGUAAUUUUUUAAUAUUUAAUUUAGAAAAAUACAAAAUUUCUUUUAUAAAAUAAAGCUAAAAAAAUACAUUUUUUAGCUAUUUUUACAAUACUAAAGAAAAGUGUGGCUGAAAAGGUGUUAUUUUAAUGCUUGAAUGGUCACACGUAAGGAUUGCUCAUCAGCUAAAAACUAUAGAACCACCUUGUACAGCAUAAUAAACAGUACAGUAGGGUUAAGCACUAUUCCGUAGCCUUCAUUGAAAUAAUCACACCACAGACUCGAAUAACCAGCUUAAUUAUAUUAACAGUCUACAGGAAAGUAUUGCGUAGUAGGUGGUCAUCUAGAGACUCGAUAGCUUUCAUACAUCCUUUUUUAUACAUCCUGUAUAAAUGUCGUGUUUGUUUGUAAGUUGGGCCAUCUCUUUGUAAACAAGGUUGUUUUAAAAAAAUGCUUUGCUACGCUAAUGUAGCAGUUGAGAAAAAUCAACUCUGUUGCCCCA